AUGCCUCCUCUGCUCAGCGAGCCGCCUUUGGCAGAGCAGCGAAAUCAAUUCGAGCUCAUCAUGAAGCACGGCCACCAGGACCUUGUGCAGGCUGUCGCAUUCAAUAGCUACGGCGACCGCUGUGCCACCGGAUCUGUUGAUGGCAAGAUCCGCGUCUUCAACCGCCAUAGAGAUGGCAUCUGGCGUCUCUGUGACAACUGGACCGCCCAUGGAGGCGAGAUCCUCGAGCUUCAGUGGCUUCCGCCAACCGUCUAUCCCAACCUUAUAGCCUCUCUGGGCAUCGAGGGGAGGUUCAAACUCUGGGCGGAGGAUCCCUCUGCAGCCCCGGGGCGCCGCUUCAGCAACCGAUACAAGGAGAACGCCAAGGCUGCAUUUGAGCACCGUUCAUCUCGCGCCCCGUAUCGGUCGUUCUCGAUGAAACACAACGAGGAGACCCGUCAUACCUACCUUGCGCUGCUGUCUGCCGAUGGCCGCCUGAUCGUCUUCGAAAACGAAAUGUCCGAGAAUCUGUCCGACUACGUGAAACUAGAUGAGUUCAUUGUCUGUAACAAGCCGAGCCGCGGCGAGGAAACCUGCUUUAGAGUCCGUUUCGACCCGAAUCCCGAUCCGUGCUACACCGCUCUACGAGCCGGCGUCCCUACAGAUGCACUGAGCCUAGUUGUGUCCGCGAUGGAUUCGGUCAAGGUCUACCGGACGAGGGAUAUCUUGACCACGUCGUACGGCGUGGGUUCUGUGGGCAAAGAGUUCUACGUCGCGGCAGAGAUCACGGGUCAUCGGGGCCUCGUGAGGGAUGUUGCAUGGGCGCCGGGCAAUAUCAGAGGCUACGACAUCAUUGCAACGGCUUGUCAAGACGGCUUUGUGCGUGUUAUGCGCAUCGACACACCAUUUGACCCCCAAGACGGCAAGAGUUGGGCGGCCAGUGAGCUCGUGAAGAGCGACAAACACGCAGUGCCGGCAGAAUCAUCUAAUGGAGCAGCUGGUGCUUCCAACCAGGCACGGCACUCGUCUGGCAUCAGCCAUGAGCUUUCCAGUCGCCGUGACAUUGGCGAUAGGAGUGCGGCUGGCCAGCCCGGUCAUGUCAAACAUACAGUGAAGGAACUAGCGAAGCUGGACAGUCAUCGAACGCCGGUCUGGCGAGUUGGCUUUGACGACGACGGCCAAAUUCUCGGCAGCGUUGGUGAUGACGGGAAACUCAUGUGCUACCGACAGGUCCCGGAUGGCUCUUGGGUGAAAAGCUCCGAGCUUGGGAUGAUGAAAAUGAGGAUGGCCGUGCCGACUUGA